GUUCCCGACGCCCCCAGCCCCUUUGGCCGCCGCCACGAUGCUGCCCUGGAGACGUAAUAAAUUCGUGCUGGUAGAGGACGAGGCCAAGUGCAAGGCUAAGAGCCUGAGUCCGGGGCUCGCCUACACGUCGCUGCUCUCCAGCUUCCUGCGGUCCUGCCCGGACCUGCUGCCGGACUGGCCGCUGGAGCGUCUGGGCCGAGUGUUUCGCAGCCGACGCCAAAAAGUGGAGCUCAACAAGGAGGACCCAACCUACACGGUGUGGUACCUGGGCAACGCCGUCACCCUUCACGCCAAGGGCGACGGCUGCACCGACGACGCCGUGGGCAAGAUCUGGGCGCGCUGCGGGCCGGGCGGAGGCACCAAGAUGAAGCUGACGCUGGGACCGCACGGCAUCCGCAUGCAGCCGUGCGAGCGCGGCGCAGCCGGGGGGUCCGGGGGCCGCCGGCCGGCGCACGCCUACCUGCUGCCGCGCAUCACCUACUGCACGGCGGACGGGCGCCACCCGCGCGUCUUCGCCUGGGUCUACCGCCACCAGGCGCGCCACAAGGCCGUGGUGUUGCGCUGCCACGCCGUGCUGCUGGCGCGGGCGCACAAGGCGCGCUCCCUGGCCCGCCUGCUCCGCCAGACCGCGCUGGCGGCCUUCAGCGACUUCAAGCGCCUGCAGCGCCAGAGCGACGCGCGCCACGUGCGCCAGCAGCACCUCCGCGCCGGGGGCGCCGCGGCCUCGGUGCCCCGCGCUCCGCUGCGCCGGCUACUCAACGCCAAGUGCGCCUACCGGCCGCCGCCUGCCGAGCGCGGCCGUGGGGCACCGCGCCUCAGCAGCAUCCAGGAGGAGGACGAGGAGGAGGAUCAGGACACCGAGGAGCGCCAGGAAGGAGCCCCCCAGAGCGAGCGGCCUGAGGUGCUCAGCCUGACCCGGGAGCUGAGGACGUGCAGCCUGCGGGGCGCCCCGGCGCCUCCGCCGCCCGUGCAGCCCCGCCGCUGGAAGGCCGGCCCGAGGGAGCGCGCGGGCCAGGCGCGCUGAGGGCGGAGCGGCCGAGGCUCGCGGCCCCAGACCCGGCCGGCCUGACUUACAGCCUCCAACCCUGGCCCUGCCCGCUUGGCUCCCCUCCCCCCACCCCCAUCCUCCGGCCCUGGCCUCCCUCGUGGUCUCCGUUGUUGUCCGCUCUGCGCCUCAUUCUGGCUCAGGGUGACGCCUCAUAUGCCCUUAAUUAUUGGGGGACACGAUGGGCGAGCAGUAUUCAGUGUUCACCUCUACCCCCAUCCGGAGUUUCUGGGCACCCUCUAUUGUGGAAUUGCCCCGUAUGCUUUACACCAAGUCUCUUUGAUAGACCACUUCCUCCCUCCCAAGCCAUCUUCUCAAGAGGAGGAGGGAGAAGUUUCCAGAAAUCCAGGAGGGUGGCAGGUGGAGGCAGCGGCCCUGCCCUUGGCCAGUCUAGCCUUCCUCCCUGGGAUGAGACCAGCCCUGAGGAGGCAUUCUUGUAGGGGAAGAAUAGUGGCCCUGGAGAACUGGGCCAGGCCCGAGGUGGGAACUGAGUGGGCUGCCAUACACAGAAGGAAGAGUUCUCAGGCUCUGUGCCGGCCUCUCUAGCCCUUGGAGAACUUCUGGGACUUCACUGCUCUCCCUCUAAGAAGACUGGGGUGGUCCUACCAACCCAGACAACAGAUUAGGCCAGGUAACAGCUCUUUGCACCAGGCAGCUCCCCAGACCUGUGCCCUGGCACCUGGCACCCCCACAGGACUCCUCACCCACCCCAUUUCUCUGCAGACAGAUGUGUGUGGUUCCCCACUAGGUGCGCCACAACCAGGACGGACACAAGACCUCCAGGGGAGGUAAGGAGAACCUUUGCAGGUGCUUGGAGACACCACCUACCCAGAAAGUGGACAUAGGAGGGAUGGCCCCAUGUCGAAAAGUGUGUCAGAGCAGGAGGGUCCUGAUAGCAGCUGGAUUCUCAAAGCAGGAUGAGGAAGGAGGGUACGUUACCCCAACAGAGGGAGUGGGCCCCUGCCCAAGUGUCUCUCAACAAGGCCACAAAAAGCCCAAAGAUCUAUGUGUCACCAACUGAUCGUUGUAAAUAAAGUGGACCUGCUUUUUGA